GCUCUCUAUCUGCCUCUUGAUUAAUAUCCACGAUAGCUAUCUUUACUCGAGGAGGUUGCAGCGUGUUCCUUCAGAACCAUGGCGUCAGGCGAACCAAGAGCGAAGAAACUCCGACUGUCAGAUGAGAAAAAGGAGAAGAAAACCCCAGAAAAGAAAACCCCAGAAAAGAAAACCCCAGAAAAGAAGACCCCAGAAAAGAAGACCCCAGAGAAAACUUCAGAGAGUUCAAGGAAAACCCCGACCAAACUCGGCCCUAAUUCUCUGUUCGGGAUGGGGAACCCCCUGCUGGACAUCUCAGCCGUCGUGGACAAGGACUUCCUGGAAAAGUACGGUCUGAAGCCCAACGACCAGAUCCUGGCCGAGGACAAGCAUAAAGCAUUGUUUGAAGAGAUUGUCAAAAAGUUUAAAGUAGAGUACCAUGCCGGAGGAGCUACACAGAACUCUAUAAAAAUCGCCCAGUGGAUGAUCCAGGAGCCCCACAAGGUGUGUACGUUCUUCGGCUGUAUCGGAGAGGAUAAGUUUGGGGAGAUUUUGAAGCAGAAGGCAGAGGAGGCCCACGUGGACGCCCACUACUAUGAGCAAACAGAGGAGGCUACAGGGACCUGCGCCGCAUGCAUCACCGGAGACAACAGGUCUCUGGUAGCUAACCUAGCGGCUGCUAACUGUUAUAAGAAGGACAAACAUCUGGACUUGAAGGAGAACUGGAAACUGGUGGAAAAAGCCAAAGUUUACUAUAUCGCUGUGAAUUCCUCGUCCCGCCGGGUUGACGUCACCCCUUCGGUCCGCCAACCAGAAUCCACGCGAAGCACAGUUGACGAAGGACUCAUGCCGGCUUCAGCCGCCAUCACUCUAACGUCCUCCCUCAAGCGGCCUCUGGGCUCCGAUGCCCUGGCGAUCUCCUCAGCCAGCUCCUCCGACGUCCAUGCACACGCACCUCCUUGGCCAUAA